UUUGCCUUGCCUGCUGUUUGAUUCACUCUGGAGGGACAAUCAUGUUGCGCCGCAAGCCGUCCAACGCCAGUGAGAAGGAUCCAACCCAGAAGAGGAAGCUGUCUCUGCAGCGGUCCAGCAGUUUCAAGGACUUCGCCAAGACCAAGCCCAGUUCCCCCAUUACAAGUGAGAAGGAGUUCAGCCUGGAGGAGGAGGUCUCAGAAAGCAACACUCCAAAUGCUCUGCCCAGCCCAGAUGACUCCGGGAAAAGCAGCAGCUUAAAGCUGGGCCGGCGGUGGAAAGCUGCCAUCUCUCGCACCAUGAACCGGAAGACCGGCAAGGCAGCAGCCAGAGCGCUGGCUGAGCAGGGGGAGCUUGAUGAGGACACAGCUGGAUCUCUCCUGCACAGCCCUAUGGAUAAAGAAGCCCUCAUCUUCCCAGAACCAGCGGAAGAUAUUCACUCACCCAGCACUCCUCAGAGCCCGAGUGUAGGCAGUGAUUUGUUUGAUCCCAAACUGAUGGGGCACAGCAGCGGCAGGAAGAAGAUGGAAGAGGACAGCCCUGUGCCAUACAAUGGCCCUUUCUGCGGCAAAGCCAGAGUUCACACAGACUUCAUCCCUAGCCCCUAUGACAAGGACUCGCUGAAACUUCAGAAAGGGGACAUCAUCCGUAUCAUCGCCAAGCCCCCUGUAGGCACGUGGACAGGCAUUCUGAACAACAAGAUGGGCUCCUUCAAGUUCAUUUAUGUGGAUAUCAUCCCAGAGGACCCUGUGCCAGUCCUAAACAGAUGUUCACGAAGCAGGAGCAAGAGGCCCAAGCCCAAGACCCUGGAGGAACUGCUGGAGCGCAUGAACCUGCAGGAACACUCCUCGACCUUACUCCUGAACGGCUACCAGACCCUGGAGGACUUCAAGGAGCUACAGGAGACUCACCUGAACGAGCUGAACAUCACUGACCCCCAACACCGUGCCAAGCUCCUUACGGCUGCAGAUCUACUACUGGAUUAUGACACAAGCAGCGAAGCUGAAGAAGAAGGAGGGAGCUUAGAGCCUCAGCAGGCACCUGAAGAGCCAAAGGGGGACAUCCCGCGGGAUUCUGGCUGUUUUGAAGGGGCAGAGAUGCUGGACAAUGUGCGGGAGGACUCCCAGUUAGAGGAAGGAUCGCAGUCCCUAUCACUGGCUGGGUCCUCCUGAGUGGAGCCCCUCCCUUGGGCCUCCUUGCCUUGAAGUCGGGAGUCGCAGUUGCACUGCAAGGACAAAGCACAAUCUUCCUCUUUGGACAAGCAAAACCUCCAGCUGGACAGUCUGAGCAAAAGGAUCUGCCCACGGAAGUGUUUUUGCAUUGAAACAGGCUGUGCUUCAGACAUUUUUUCCAGCUAUGGACGCAACAUACCCACAACUCAGGAAAAGGGAGCUGAUUGAACAGAAGAGGGCUACCAUGUCUCGCACCUACCCCUACUUGAUUUAGAAAAAAGUCUCCCGUCCUUCCCCCUUUCAGGGGAGGGUUGCAGCUUCAACCCACAGAGGAGCAGCAGACACUCAACGAGAGCCGUACUCAACACAGAAUGCAACCUCUGCAGCUGCAGCUCCACUUUGUGCUGCAUGACUGGAAAAGACGACCCUUGAGUUGAAAGCAGCAGCCAGCUACCAAGUGAGAAGGCAACAUAGCAGCAGCCUGCCUUGACUGGGGAACAGAGGAUGGAUAUUUUGCUUGCAUUGCUAAUAAAUGCCUGGAUGCUUGCAGUAGCAAGGCAAAGCAAAGGUCAAUAUCAGGUAGGCGCAACUAACAGAGCUGAUAAGCACCACUGGGACUAAGCAGUCUGUGCUGUCACAGCCCGGGGGAAGGGGUUUUUAUACUGCAAAAGGGGUUGAAUCUGAUGCCCAUGAUUCAGUCCGUGGCACCGGACUCU